GUGUUGUUCUCUUCCUACGCGUUUUCUUUCGUCUUUGUGGAGUGGGAGUUGUCGCAUAACUAACUGCUUCCGGGUUGGUGGGUGACCUUGAGCCCUCAGAAGCGGGAUGUCGACUCUUUGGAGGUUGAGUGUCCUUUGCAGUGCCCAAGGAGGCCGAGCUCUGUUUCUUCGAGCUCCAGUGGUGAGACCUGCUCAUGUCUCAGCAUUUCUCCAGGAUGGGCCUACCCCAGGAUGGUGGGGAGCACAGCACAUUCACCUCUCACCCAGCCGCCAUUCUGGUUCCAAGGCUGCAUCUCUCCACUGGACCAGUGAGAGGGUUGUAAGUGUUUUGCUCCUGGGCCUGCUUCCAGCUGCUUAUUUGAAUCCUUCCUCCGCGAUGGACUACUCCCUGGCUGCAGCCCUCACUCUCCAUAGUCACUGGGGCCUUGGACAAGUUGUUACUGACUAUGUUCAUGGAGAUGCUUCACAGAAAGCUGCUAAGGCAGGCCUUUUGGCACUCUCAGCUCUAACCUUUGCUGGGCUUUGUUAUUUCAACUAUCAUGAUGUGGGCAUCUGUAAAGCUGUUGCCAUGCUGUGGAAGCUCUGACCUUUUUGACUUAAUACUUUAAGAAUUGAUUGUAUGCCUCUUUGCCUCUGCUCUGUCAUGCCAUUCAACUCACAAUAAGGAAAUAGCAGAUAAAUCCGUUGGUGGACAAACCUCUUCUGAUCACAUGGUUAUUUUCAGAAUUUAAUCUUUGAGGAAAAGGUCUGAGAGGAAUUAUAUCCAAGAAAUUGUGAGACUGAGUUCUGUAUUCUGGCGAGUUAUUGGGGUUGUCUCCCAGCUUUAUUACUAUGAAUACAUGUUCAAAUUUAUUCUAUAUUUGUCCUGGGAAUAAUGAGCAAAGGGAAAGACUUAAUUCAUGAGUAAAGACUUUGCAGAAAAUUAGACUGUGUUUGAUUUUUGAAAACUUCCCUUCUCUGUUCAGUUGAUACCAGCUACUAAUGGUUACAAGUCCUAGGGAAACUUUAACGUUAGGAAAUGCUGUUAUUGCACAUUACGAAUUUCUACAUCCUAGGAAGAAAAACUUGGGAAACUUCUGUAUAUAGAGAGGUUCCAUUGAGGGAAGAGGUCCCCUUUGUGGAUGUAUCAAAAUAUUACAAAUUCUAAAAUGAGACUUAAUUUGCAAAUGCGUUUUACUUGUCCUAAAAUAAUCUGUCCAUGAAUGUAAAACUAUAAAUAAUAAAUUGUUAUUUUCCCACUGGGAAUCUCUAAUGUGAAAAUGUAUUCUAUGAAAAGAAAGUUUUUUUAAAAAUUAAAAUGUUGUAUAAUAAACAAUGUAUUCUACUCUUUUAUGUA